UAUAGAAACACGAGGGUGCACUCGCAAUGUGCCCAUGGAGAUCGGUGCGCCCGCGAUGACAUGACUUGGGCGUUCCGGCUGCUGGUGCUCUUUGCGGGCGUUCUGUUCGCGAGCUUGUUGCUCCGUUGGGAGAUGCCCAUCCCAGCGGCGCCGAGCCCAGCCUUGCCGUCGGCGCCGGCGCCGGCGCCGGCAAAUGACCCGCCGGCCCAGCCGGCCCAGCCGGCCCAUCCGGCCCCGGGCGGCUUGACGGAGGUGUGGCGGAGGCUCCGGGACGGCCGGAACCUGACGAACAAGAAGCACUCGGAGGGGAAGUUCUACUCCCAGGUGGGCCAAGACCGGUGGGUGGACGACGUGCUGCGGCACGCGCGGAACGGCUUCGUGGUGGAGAGCGGCGCCUGCGACGGGGACGCGCAUUCCAACUCCGCCUUCUUCGAGGUGAGCCGCGGCUGGGAGUGUCUGCUGGUGGAGCCCAACCCGGCGCUCGUGAAGGCGAUCUUAGCCAAGGGCCGGCGGUGCCUCGUCUUCGACGGCGGGCUGUCGCCCACCCAAAGCGCCACCUCCUUCACCUUCAAGCCCGCGGGCUUCCUGGGCGGCUUCACUGAACUCAUGUCCGAGCAGCACAAGCAGCGCAUCAAGCGGGAGGGCGGCGGGGGAGUGGAAAUCCAGGUGCCGGCCUUCCCGCUGGCGGAGAUCCUGAGAGCGGUGAACCGGAGCUCGGUGGACUACUGGUCCCUGGAUACCGAGGGCAGCGAGGGGGCCAUCUUGGAGGCCACCGACUUCCGGAGUUUGGAGGUGGGGGUCAUGACCGUGGAGCACAACGGGGAGCCGGGCCCGCGGCAGCGGAUCCGGCGGCGGCUGCUGCAGCAGGGCUUCGCCCUGGCCAAGGAGGGCGGCCAAGACGACUUCUUCGUGAACCCCGCAUACCUCGCCCAGCGCGGCCUCCAGCGCUGAAGCGCUGAAGGGAGCCUUUGAGCUGGGCCAGGAGACCCAAAGCGGGCGGAAAGCGAGGAGAUGCGGGGCCGGUCACGGGCAAAGACUUCGAGGAUGGGAGACGCGGCAACCCCCGCGCUGGAUG